AUGGCAGCUGCAGGCAUCACCCAGAAAACGCGCGACACUACCGUUGAAACGCCAACAGCAAUCAUCUCCCGCCAUGGCAGAACGACCGAGAACUCGAUGCCAGCCAAGGCCCUGGGCCUCUUCUCGGGCGAAGUCUGGCUCGAUCUGAUCCUUCGCUCAGACCAGGUGACCAUCGGUCUGGUCAACUUUCUUCCCACUGGCAGAACCAAUUGGCAUCGUCACGAGAAGGGCCAGAUCCUAAGAGUUGUGGGCGGGGCGGGCUGGCUCUGUGAUCAGGGCCAGAAACCGCGACGCAUUGCCGCAGGAGAUGUGGUCUAUUGUCCACCGGGUGUCGUCCACUGGCAUGGUGCCGAUGAUGGAACUUACAUGAUUCACGAAGCGACCUCUUUCGGCACGACCGAGUGGUACGAUGAAGUGAAUGAGUUGGAGUAUGCCGCAAAGGAAUCAUAG